GAUUCAUUUGAUUCAUCCUUCAUCUUCUCAUUCCCAUUUCACAUAAUUAAUACAGCAGACAAGAUGUUCGCUCCAGGCCAGGAACAGCUCUCCAAGGAGGAGAUCAAAGCCGGUGAGGUCCAGGCAAGCCAGACCAUCCGGAUGGCCAUCUCCGGUGGUGUCCUGCUCUACCUCUCUCCCUUCGCUAUCGAUUUCGUCAGGAAGUUCCUGUAAUCGCUCGGUUCUCGCGACAUGGAAUAGGCUUAUGUAUUAUAUUGUACAUCUCGAAUGACCAGCUGUCACUUGCUCUAUUAACCACGUCGAAAUGUGUGGAUACCAGCUCCUAUAAACUCCUUGCUCCAAACAGCCAAACCAGACCCUCAUAUGAACUCAAUAACCAUGCAUCAAUGAUUCAUACCCGGCAGC